GCUUCCGUCUUGUUUUUUAAUGGACUGCGUUUCCCAGAGAUCCCCUUUAUCAUGGUGCUAUUUCAGACCAGCAGAUGGAGCACGACAUGCGCUGGAUCACUGGUAGCAAGGAACGCAAGUUUGCUGGGAAUUUCUAUGGGAGGAAUCAGCAUUAAAUGAUUAGCCCAGACAGGGACUGGGCAGGAAGACACUUGAAGGUUAUGGAUCAUUUAAACGCUUCCUAACCAGAUAGAGGAUGUCGUUUGGGCCCAGCAAGGUCCUCAGAAAUGGAAAGAUGCAAGCCACGAUGAGCACUUGGACUCCGCUGAACCACCAGCUGUCUAAUGAUCAUAUAUUUGAAGAGAGGAGAGCCUUGCUUGGAAAAUGGUUUGACAAGUGGACAGACUCCCAGCGGAAGCUGGUGCUGCAGGAUUUCUUCUCCAGAUGCUCCGCGGUUCAGCUUAAGUUCCUGCGUAGGGAUCUUUGCAGCCGGGUCCCAGGAGACGCCCAGGACUUUACCGCCAUGCUGCCCAGAGUGCUGUCCCUCUACAUCUUUUCCUUUCUGGACCCGCGGAGCCUCUGCAGGUGUGCACAGGUGAGCUGGCACUGGAAGAGCCUGACGGAGCUGGACCAGCUGUGGAUGCCCAAAUGCCUUCGCUUGGGCUGGUGCAUCAGUUUUGCCCCCACACCUUUUGAGCAAGGUGUAUGGAAGAGGCACUACAUCGAAACUGUACAGGAGCUGCACAUCACUAAGCCGAAGACCCCUUGUUACCAGGAGGUGAAGGUGAUUGGCUGUCAGAGGGAGGAGUCACUGGCGGCUUACACGGGACAGGUUCGAUCAGCCGGAUCUGCCCGGCGUGGGGGGAAGGGUGCUCCAGCUGAGAGGAAGGGGCUGCCCCCGUGGAGGGACUCUGACAGACACCCGACGGACACGCUGCGCUUUAACUACCUGGAGAACCUGGACCCCAUCGAGCAGGCCAACCUCACACGAGCAAAAGCUAAGAAGAUCGACACUGCCACGACACGACACGAAAACGGCAGGAUGAAGCCACUCUGUGACUCGAGCUACAAGCUCCGCAAGGCUAAGUCACUACUGUUCCUGUCCUUGGACCUGAACUCCCGGCAGCAGAGACAAAGCAGGCCGAAAUGGGCCACUAGUGCAUCCUCGGAGUACCCGGUCACCAAGGGAAUGGCAGACAGGCUGAGUCAGGAGCCCCAGUGGAAUGCUGGGAUACGCCCAACUCCAGUGAGGGACCCAGUACCCAGGAUGAGCGAAAGAGGGCUGAAGGCAUCUCUGCGUUCUCAGAGAAGCUCCCCAACAGUACGGUUGUUCGAGGGCCAGCCCUAGAAGAUUCCUGCCUCAAAUCAGGGUUCAGCCAAGGACUGAAUGUGGUCUGGAUACUGCAGUACACCCUGAAGCCUCAUUUAACCCAUAAACAUAUCCAGCGUCCCAGACGUAGCAAAUUAACAGUAUGGGGUAAAGGAUGAUGCACUGCUAUCAAAUGGAUCUGGAAAGAAAAAGAAUGUCAGGCUUCAGGAAUGCAGGUAAAUAUAGUUUAGCGAAUUGCUCAGGGUUUUAGCAGCUGUCUGGUGGAAGGGCACUUUACAGCAAUAGCAAUUUUGACAGGGCCAUCAUACACGUCUGCCAAUUCCCAAGUGUUUUUUAA